CUCAACGAUUUUACACAAUUUUUAUUUUAAAGCAGGCAACAUUGUUACAAAGCGACAGUCAUCUUGCAUGCAAAAUUUGACAUUACACUUCGUUGUUGUAAUUUGUUCAAGCAUUGUUUUCAAUUGUUAACAAUUAUACCAUAUUUUAGCAAAUUUGAGCAAUAUAGAAGUUUAAUUUUGAAAUUUUUAAUCAAAUCGUUUGCGGACAAUCCCCAAACGAAUUGAAAUGGAGGUCGACGAGGAAGAUUUCGAGGUACCAACUUCAAGUAGCAAAGGAGAAAAGAAGCGUUUCGAUGUAAAAAAGUGGAAUGCCGUCGCUUUAUGGGCCUGGGAUAUUGUUGUAGACAAUUGCGCUAUUUGCCGUAACCAUAUAAUGGAUUUGUGUAUAGAAUGUCAGGCCAAUCAGGCGUCUGCUACCAGCGAGGAAUGUACUGUUGCUUGGGGUGUCUGUAAUCAUGCAUUUCAUUUUCAUUGCAUCUCCCGUUGGUUAAAAACCCGACAGGUGUGUCCAUUAGACAAUAGGGAAUGGGAAUUCCAGAAAUAUGGCCACUAAGCGGCGUUAACAAUUUCAUCGCGAUAACAGAGGGAUCUUGCUCUUUUUUAUUUCAUCUUUAAACCCACUAAGGCGCUAUUGAGAUCGCCUACAAAUAAUUUAUAUCGUAUUUGCUAUUAAACUGCAGCAUUCUUGAUUAAAAGCUAAAUAAUAAUUUAGAAUUAGUUUGUCAAAAUGAUUGCAAAAUAAAUGGAUUUGAUACCAAGUUA